AUGGCCCUCCGUCUUCUCGCUCCACUACCCCGGGCGCUGCCCCAAGUGGCUCCCUUCGGCUUCCUCUCCGCCGUCACAUGGCCUUCGAUCUCCAUCACCUUUCCUUCCUCGGUGGCUGAUGUGUGGGAAUCGGUUUUGCGGGCUGUGCCAAAGAAGAAGACCUCGCACAUGAAGAAGCGUCACCGUCAGAUGGCAGGAAAGGCUCUGAAGGACGUCCAGAGUCUCAACAAGUGCCCUGGGUGCGGCCAAAUAAAGCGCGCACAUCUGCUUUGCCCCCACUGCGUACGAGAUAUCAAGGACUCGUGGAAAACAAUGGAGACCGCUUGA